GAGUUUUGACAAGUUAAGAGAUAUUCAAGCCCUUAACAAUGGCAGACCCUCCUGAAAAUUCAAUGGCAGACACUACUGAAAAUUCUAAUGGUGAAGUUCUUCUAGACAAGUUUGAUGAAACUGAAGAUUCAUCAAAUUUCAAGAAACCAACAAUAACUAUGAAUCAAGAAAAAGAAAAAGAAGGGGUCACUCUUUUUGAUAUCUUUAACCAUUUUGUGUCAACAAUUUUCUCUUCUGAUAAUAAUAAUAAUGUUGGGGUAAUUAAGAGGAUUCAAAGGGCUAUUUCUGAAAAUGUUCCUUUGGUUAAUCAAGCAUCAAAGAAUACUGCUCAUAAUGUUUACACUUGGACUCGCAAAGGAAGCCCUCUACGUGCCCUUCUUGUUAUUUCUGUGGGAACGAUUGCUCUUCUUGCUUUGACGGGAUUGCUAGUCUUUAUGCUUUUCUUUGUCGCGGCAACUGUCAACGCCAUUGUGAUCUCUCUUCUCAUGUCAUUAGCGGCUGCAGGCGGAUUCCUGGCUCUUUUCUUUACCUGCCUAACGGCUAUUUAUAUCGCAGGUCUAUCAGUUGCUGUAUUUGUCAUUUCCAGUACGACGAUUACAGCAAUCAUCGCUGUGAUUGUGGCUACAGGUUGGAUUGGAUUCUUCUGGACAAUAUGGCUGGCAACAAAGAAAAGUGCAUGUCUUGCCAAGCACUCGUUGAAAAUGACAGGAUCAGCACUAUCUGCUUAUUCGUCUGCCAAACAUGUUCGGCACAACCAUGAUGCAUGAAUCACCAUGCCUACUAUCAAGAAAGAAGGCCCCACUUCUAUGAAUAAGAGUCUUAAAUGGUGAUACCAACUGCCAUUAUGUAUUUAGCUUUCAGUGCCUUACCGCCUUCGUGAUGAUAUGUCUAUCAAUGAUAUUUAGCUAGCUCGUCGUGCAGUAAGGUUCGAUGUAUAUUAUAAUAUGUGUAGCUGAAUGCAUGUGCAGACUAGUGAUGGGGCCUUUUGUUAUGUUUGGAAACUGGCCUGUAAAUUGUUCUUGAGAAAUAGAUCUUGCCAGUUAGCAAGUAUUAGUAUAUCUUUUGAAAUCUUGAAUAUGUUGAAUGAGAAUGUAGUUUUCUGUU